AUGUUGCGUUUUAAACAGUCCUUAAUAAGGCCUAAAACUUUGUUUAAAAGAUUUGCGUCGACUUCUUUUGAAGACCCUGAGCUUUUCAGGACCAAAGCUCUUGUUAACGGAAAAUGGCUUAGUGGCGAUGACCAAUUCCCUGUCAUCAAUCCCUCCACUUCAGAAGAGAUAUCAACAAUCACCAACUGCGGAGUAGCUGACUAUAACGAGGCUAUAGGGCAUGCUCACAGGGCUUUCAAAAAGUUCAAGGAAACCUCUCCAAGGGAAAGAUCCCAAGUCCUGUACAACAUUUACGAUUUGAUGUCUGAGCAUAAAAAUGAUUUGGCUAGGUUAAUAACUAUGGAGAAUGGUAAGACUUUCAAAGAUUCUUUGACUGAAAUCGAUUAUUCUGCUAGUUACUUUAGGUGGUUUGCAGAGGAAGCACCAAGAAUUUACGGGCACGUUAUUCCGUCAUCGAGUUCACUCCGGAAGCAAAUUAUUACAUUGAGGCAGCCGUUGGGCGUCGUAGGGAUCAUGGCACCAUGGAAUUUUCCAUCAGCGAUGAUUGCGAGAAAAUUGGCACCAGUUAUUGCAACUGGGAAUGCAUGUGUAAUAAAGCCACCCCACGAGUCCCCCAUGAGUGCCCUGGCCUUAGGAUGGCUUGCCGAACAAGCAGGCCUGAGCGACGGGGUCUGCAACGUUUUACCAACAACACAUACUGCAGCUAUUGGUGAGUAUAUUUGCAGCCACGACCAGGUUCGUAAAAUCACGUUUACGGGGUCCACAAAAGUGGGCAAGCUCCUCAUGAAACAGUGUGCCAAUGGCAAUAUUAUAAAAAAAGUAUCAAUGGAACUUGGUGGAAACGCGCCCUUUAUUGUGUUUGAUGACGCUGACAUAGAUAAAGCUGUUAAUGGUCUAAUUUCAUGUAAGUUCAGGCAAUUGGGUCAGACAUGCAUCUGUGCCAACCGCGUAUUCGUUCACGAAUCGAUCUACGGGGACUUCGCCACGCGCUUGGUCGCGGCAAUAGAAUCAGGGUUUCAUCUAGGUGAUGGCUUCAGUCCCAAAGUUACUCAUGGUCCUUUAAUUAACGAAGGUGCAGUGCAAAAAGUUUCUGAGCUUGUUGAAGAUGCUAAAAACAAAGGGGCGAACGUUUUGACAGGAGGUGUAAGAGCAAGUAGUCUGGGGCCACGAUUUUACCAUCCCACUGUUUUGAGUGGUGUGGAUGAAACAAUGAGCAUUUUCCACACCGAGGUAUUUGGUCCUGUUGCAUCGCUUAUAGGUUUCAAAACGACAGAGGAGGUUAUUGAGCGUGCUAAUAAAACGAACGUGGGGCUGGCAGGGUAUUUUUAUAGCUCCAACAUUCAAACAGUGUUAGAUGUUGCAAGUGAGCUAGAGGUAGGAAUGGUUGGCGUGAACAGUAGUGCAAUAAGCGACGCAGCUAUGCCAUUUGGCGGAAUUAAGAACUCCGGAUUAGGCAGAGAAGGUUCUUCAUGGGGCGUGGAUGACUAUACAGAUUUGAAGUCAAUUGUUCUAGAGGCUUAA